UCAACUAGACAUGAUGGACGAGACUUACCUGCAAUUUUUCGUCAAAUCCUUCACUUAUCUGAACAUGUUGCCUGAAAAAACCACUUUUUGCACCACCAUCCAACAAUACUACGUCUCCGUAAUCAUCACAAUCACCACUUUUCCGAUUUUAGCAGAUUUGGUGUCACAAUUUUACGAAGAAAGUAUUUCGUUCACAAGUGUUAACGAAAAUUUCGUCGCACUAAGUGCCCUCUUUGCUGUUAUCUACGUCUCGGUUUGUUUCAUCAACCGGAAGCACAAAAUCAGGGCUUUGAUAGCCGACUUGGCCCUUUUUGAAACUUUCAGCUCGAAAGCAGUCAUCACUGAGACCGACAAAUCGGUUAAAUUUUACACGAAAUUGUUUAUAGUUUAUGGGAUUGUGGGCAACUUGUGUUAUGGGCUAUUGCCCAUUCUGGGCUACAAAAAGUGCCACGAAAGCAAGUCCGUUCACAUGACCAGAUACGGGAUUCCGUGCGGACUUGUGGUCCGGUUUCUGUUCCCGUUCAAGUUUGAUUAUUCGCCACUCGCUGAGCUGGUCGCCUUGUACGAAAUCCUUGUCUGCAUUUUGGGCACGAGUGUUGUCAUUGUUGUCACAACACUCAUCUGUGGGGUUUUAAUACACAUCACGGUGCAGUUGCAAUGUCUCAGAAAAAUUAUUUUGGACUUGUCCCAAGUCAACGAUUUGGAGAUUUUGGAGCACAAGAUGAAGUUCUGUGUCAAAUAUCACACCGCCAUUUUGGAUUAUGGUAUUCGAACCGAUUUGGCGUUCAACCAAAUGAUGCUUUUGCACAUCACUUGGACCGGAUUUAUUAUAAGCGUUUUGGGAUUUGAAAUUUCCACGACUGAUGAUUACGUGGAAGCUUUUCGGUUUUUUAUGCAUUUGUUGGGGUGGCUGGGGAUGCUUUUUGUCGUGUGUUACUACGGGCAAAAAAUUUUGGACGAGAGCUUGGCUAUUGCCGAUGCUGUUUAUACGUUCUUGUGGUACAAAAAAUCGGUCAUAGUUCAGAGAUAUGUUUUACUGAUUUUAUUACGAAGCCAAAAACCACUCACUUUGAGGGCUUGUGGCGUCAAAGUCAUGUCUUUGGCCACGUUUCUUGGCGUUUUGUACUCGGCUUAUUCAUAUUUCACUCUACUUUUGAAAUUAAAACCGUAAUAAAUGUGGAUCAAGUCGGUUAUGGACGUCUUGAUAGAGUCACCCUGUAUGUGUAAGCAGUCCGCUUGAAUUAUUGCACCUAGAAAAGUUUCAAUAUACGAAACUGUGGCCGAAUUAUUUAUUUUCAGUUGACAUAUUAAUUUGCAUAGUGGGCUGCGUAUUUGUGUCAAAAAUCAUUUAACAGAAAUUUUAUUGAAUUAUUUCCUCUAUACUAAGGAUAUCUAAAACGAAACGUACAAAUAAAACGUUCCCGUCCUC